GACACGGUCGGGCCAGGCGGGCAGGUGCUGCGGGCGCGCGCGCUGGCGGCCAGUCUCAUGGCGCUGCGGAGCGCCGGCGUGGAGGGCGUCAUGGUGGACGUGUGGUGGGGCGUCGUGGAGCGCGACGGGCCCGGGCGGUACGACUGGGAGGGCUACGCCGAGCUGGUGCGCAUGGUGGAGCGCGCGGGGCUCAGGCUACAGAUGGUCAUGUCCUUCCACCAGUGCGGCGGCAACGUCGGCGACUCCUGCAAUAUCCCGCUGCCGCCAUGGGUGCUGGAGGAGGUGAGCGCGAACCCGGACAUCGUGUACACGGACAGGUCCGGGCGCCGCAACCCGGAGUACAUCUCACUGGGCUGCGACACGCUGCCGGUGCUCAAGGGGAGGACGCCCAUCCAGGUCUACUCCGACUACAUGCGCAGCUUCCGCGACCGCUUCAGCGGCUACCUGGGCACCGUCAUCGCCGAGGUCCAGGUCGGCCUGGGCCCCUGCGGGGAGCUGCGGUACCCGUCCUACCCGGAGGCCGACGGCACGUGGCGCUUCCCGGGCAUCGGCGAGUUCCAGUGCUACGACAAGUACAUGCGCGCGUCGCUGCAGUCCGCGGCGGUGGCGGCGGGGCACGAGAACUGGGGCACCGGCGGGCCGCACGACGCCGGGGAGUACAAGCAGUUUCCCGAGGAGACGGGGUUCUUCCGGCGGGAGGGGACCUGGAGCACCGAGUACGGCCACUUCUUCCUGGAGUGGUACUCGGGUAUGCUCCUGGAGCACGGCGACCGCGUGCUGGCCGCCGCCGAGGCCAUCUUCCGCGGGACCGGCGCCACGCUCUCCGCCAAGGUCGCCGGCAUCCACUGGCACUACCGCACCCGCUCCCACGCCGCCGAGCUCACCGCCGGGUACUACAACACGCGGCGCCACGACGGGUACCUGCCCAUCGCGCGGAUGCUGGCCAGGCACGGCGCCGUGCUCAACUUCACCUGCAUGGAGAUGAAGGACGAGCAGCAGCCGGGGCACGCCGGAUGCUCGCCGGAGCUCCUCGUGCAGCAGGUCAGGGCCGCGGCAAGGACGGCCCGCGUGGAGCUCGCCGGCGAGAACGCGCUGGAGCGGUACGACGAGCAGGCGUUCGAGCAGGUGGCGUCCACCGCCGCGUCCGCGGGGCUCAGCGCGUUCACCUACCUGCGUAUGAACAGGAACCUCUUCGACGGCGACAACUGGCGCCGGUUCGUCGCGUUCGUGAAGACCAUGGCCGACGGCGGCGAGAGGACGGCGCUGCCGAGGUGUGAUACUGGGCACUCGGACCUGUACGUCGGGUUCCUCGACGCCGCCAAGGAGCGGAGGACGCCGGAGGCCGAGGCCGCCGCGGCAUUGUAGGUGUAGGUCGUACGUUUGUACACACAUCACAUACCCUUGUGUAUAGUGUACGGUGUGGUGUACCGUGUACGUGCGUCCGUAUUCGGGCAUGGAGCUGUAUAAUUGUAUAUGAUGAUCUCGGGGGACAUGCAGGUUACAGAAUUUUGUUAUAGCUGUAAUCGAGCAUUGGUGCUUAGGCCACCGUCGGCACUCGGCAUUCCAUUCUCCGACAUUUGGAACGCGAGAGUUUGGUAAGGAACAUACUUCUUUGGCUAUGGGAUUUUUUUCUUCAAAAA